CCGACAUCCGUCCGGUUCACCGAUUUGUAAUUAUUAAUUUAUGAUACUUAACACAUUUUUCAAUGAUUGAUUGAGAAUAUUUUUCGUAAGGGUUAAUAUUGAAGGAACAAAUCAUGUAUUCUGUUUGGACACGAUAUGGAUAUAUCUAUAGAAAUGCAGUAAGUGUAUUUAUAUUAGUUCUAUAAAGAAAUUAUUACUUAACAUUAAAAUGCUAAUAUAACAGAAAAUACAAUUCAAAAAUGUGCUUUUCAUAAGUAAUUUUUUAAUUUUAAUUUUAGUAGCUAAAAGUUUUAUAAAUAUGUACAUAUAAUUUUUUGAUAAGUGAUUAUUUGAAGUAUUCUAACUUUAUUACUAAACAACUUUUUACUUAUAGAUAUUAUAAUGUAUUUAGGUUAAAAUCAUUAUUUUUGAUAAAUAUUUAUUGAUUUUAAGGUACUCUUUUUAAUUUAUUUAAAGUUCUUGUUUUUGCACCAUAUCAUGUGGGGUUACCAGAUGCUAGUUACAGUGACAGUGAUUUAGCUACAUAAAUUUUUCAGGAAAUAGUUUUAAAUUUAACAUUUGCAUUAUAUACGUCUCCCAUCAGGAUUUAAGACUUCUUGGUUUUCAAUAUUAUAAUUAAUAAAUUAUAUUAAGAAAAUAAAAACAUGUAAACAGCAGAGCUCUGUCACAAGUCAUAUUCUCGCCCCAGCACAUUUUUUGUAUUAUAACCAUUUCUUUGUAAAACAAUAAAUAACUGAACACUAUAAUAAUACAUUACUAUACUAAACUUCCAAAAAAAACAAUGAAAUUCACUUUUUUGGUUGAAAGUUGAAACUCUUAAAACACACACCUUUGAUAUCAUGCAUACAAAUUGUUAUUCCCCUGGCUUUAUUCGGGGAUUCUUAGGGGCAUUCAAAGCUAUAAAAACACCCUUAUCCUAUAAUAGCAUAAUGGAAUCAUAUAGAAAAUCAAUCUAAUUUUUAUCACUUCAAUCCGCCUAUAAAACAACUAACUAAUUUGGUACAGAAAAGGUAGCUAAAAAUGUCCUUAAGUAACAGGAAAAAGGAUACAAGUAUCUAUAUUUUUUAGUGCCAGGAAUUAAGGGCUUCAGUAAAUUUUGUAUAGUUUUUAAUACUAGUAAAUGAAAUUGUGAAAAUAAUUUUACAUUACAUACUCUAAUUUUGAAAAUAUAUACGGAGACAAUUAGACAAAAUUAUUUAAAAAAAUGCCAAAAAUUGACUUAUUGGACUAAAAAUGUAAAACAGACUAUAUACGUUCCAUUUUCGGAGGAAAAUUUUACAAAAGUGAGUCACUACAAACAUCUUUUAGCUUAUAAAAUUUAAAAUGUCAUUUUGGGUGAUAGGAUAGGGUUAUAAUUCAUUAAAACCUGAUACAUUGACUUUUCUGCCAGAAUACUUGCUCGGAUUUCCAAGUUUAGAUGCUUUUCUGAAAAGAAAUCUUUGUAGGGAGGUACUAUAGGGAUGUCAUUUUUUGAUUCUCUCUAGAGUUUUCUCAUCAAAUUUAAAAAACCGAAAAAAAAAACAACUAGAAAAUAUAAGAAAUGUAAGUAUUAAUUAAAAUAUAUUACAGCCUUCUUUUUUUCCUGUGCAUAACUUUUCUACCAGCAAUUUUGCUCCAACUUUAAAUUAUAGCAAUGUUCCUAAAAGAAAAUUUUACUAGGGAGGUACUUUAGAGUAGUUAUUUUUCGAUUUUCUCAGGAGUUUUCCCAGCAAAUUUUAAAAAACCGGGAUAAAACAUGAAAAACUUAGGAAAAUUAGGAAAAAUGGGUACAACAUUAAACAAAUAUUACUUACAGAUAUACAUUAAAUAAUCUAUAAAAGUGGCUUCACCCCUCCUCGUUAUUCCUAGGAUGUUUUUUUAUAAAUAAAUAUAUGUAAUAUAAUAUAUUUUUGUCUAAAUUUUUUAUUUUUACUAUGUACUUACGGUGAUAUGUUUAAAUUAUGACAUUUUUUUUAAAUUAUCAUUUACUUAAUUAUAAGUUAUUUAUCUAAUGAUAAAGUAACAUACCGUUUGUUUAUCUAUAGUAUAAUUAUAAAUACAAUGAAAUAUUAUAUUAUCAUAUUUAUUUCAUCCACAGAGAAAAAAAGUAUAAAGAAUACCUAGCUAAAUUGUAUUAUUGACUAAAUUUGUUUUAUUAUUGUUAUUAUUAUUUGAUACGUGUCUGUGUUAACCAUUAUUUUUACUCAUUACAGCAUUGUUUAAAGCAUUAUUCAUCAUCACCUCCACAAAAAUCAAAUUUUUUUAUGCGAUUAUUCAAAAAUAUAAAAGAUGAAAUUGCCAAGAACAAAGAAAUGAAACAAAAUUUAGAACAAUUCCGUGCUGAAAAAAAGAAAUUAGAAGAAUCUGAUAAUUUAAUAAAAGCUAGGUAGUAAGAAUACAAUCAAUUUUUCAUUUUGUAAUUAAUCCAACCAGUAUUUAAUUAAUAAUAUUUGUAGACAGAAAAUAAAUGUAAUAGAAUCAGAAACAUUCAAAGUAACCCAGCAAGCCAAAGUUGUUAUAAAUAUUAUGUUUUCUAAGGUUAAAAAUGCUAUGAGCCAAGCUAGUGAAUCUGAUUUGGCGAAAAAAGCAGGUAAAUUUAUCAUGCAUUUUCUUAUUAAAAUAUAAACAUAUUUGUAUUUUAAAUUAGGAAAAAUAAGUGGGAGUAUAAGUAAAACAGUUAUUGAGGGUGGAACUAAACUUGGUCAGUCUGGUCCUGUGAAAUCAUUUUCCAAUACCGCAGAAGCAAUUUCAGCACAAAUUGAAAGUGAAUCUUCAUUAAAUUCACAUGUAAGGUUUUGUAUUUAAAACUUUAAAAUAUAUGAGUUUUAUAUAAUUUUGUUUUUAACAUAUUUAGGUUUAUAAAGCUCCAAAAUCUUUAAGAAAACGGUCUGAAUUGGGUGACCAAAGAAAAGUUGUUCCUAAUGAAAAAGAAACUGGUUUGACUCUCCACAAAGAUUCAGCGUAAAUAAUCUAUACUUAAAUUAUAAUUACAAGAUAUUUAAAAUUAAAUCUUGGAUUUUUAUGACAUGAUUAAUCAUAGAAUUAGUUAAGCUUUAUUUUAAAACCAUUUUCAAUUUUUACCCCUACUCAAUAUAUCUUAAAUAAGUAUAUCCUUUUUUUUUUUUCAAAUAAAAACCUUUUUAAACACAGAUUUGAAUAAAUAAUAUUUUUCUAGAUAUUUUGAUAUGCAUAACACUGAUAUCAGAUUUACAAUUAAUGAGUUAUAGCCAUUUAAAAGUUUAGACUGGAAGAGUAGGGAAAGGUAAUAAAUUGCAUGAUUACAUUCUAUCCUACUUAUUUGCCAUGUCUAGAAAAAGCAAGUAUAACUUUUCUGUCAAAAUUUCAAAUUAAUGAAUAUUUUUAAUCUAAUUAUAUUUAAAAAAUAAAGUUCUUUCUACAUUUUUUUUUUCGAUUUUGCUUAAUAAUUAAAAUAACUAUAGAGAAAAUCAAAAAUGACUUUCUAUGUCAGAGGAGAAAUAUUAAAAGGAACAAAAUUGUAAGUUUUCCAUUGGAGAAAAAUUCUGGUAAAAAACAUUAUGUAAACAAAUUAAAAACAAUGGAAAUUUUAAGGUUUUUCAUUUUUUUAAAUAAAAGCACUUAAUGGGAAAACGUAAAAUUUCACGAUUUCAUUAUUUUAUAAAAACAUAGAGAAUGUUUUCUACCAGAAAAAAUGAUUUUAUCGAAAAAUCACAAGACUACUUUUUUGUUGCUUUUUCGAUUAACUUUCUAACAGUAUUAUCACCAAAACUUUUGAACCACUUUUGAGCUUUUAAGGAAUUUUAAUUUUUGGGAAUUUUUUUGCUGUAAUUUGAUUAUUAAUACUUGUAAAGACUUGAAAUUCGAUAAUAAUAAUUAUAUUAGACUUACCUAGAUAUGGUAAAAUUUCUAAAAUCAUUGGACAAAUUUUUAUUUUUUUACAGUGGUAUUUUUUUUUUUAUAUAACUAUAUCACUGUUAUCCUAAAAAACUUGCUCCGAUGUAUGAGUGUAGCACUUAUUCUAAAAGUUAAUUUUAUAUACUUGUAAAUACAUAGGUCAUUUUUUGAUUUUUGAACUGGUAUUUAAAAUAAAAUGGAUUAACCAGGAAAAAAAAUUGAUUUUUUCAUGAUUUCAUUAUUUUAAAUAAGUACCUACCACAUUUUCUAGCACAAAUAUGGCACCAAUUGAAAAACAACAAGAGACCUUUUUUUCAAUUAUUAAUCUUGUUUUUAAUAAUGCAAUCAGUUUUUAUAAUAAUUGGGAAAAAUGUAGGAAGAACAUACAAUUUCACUAUAUCAUUAUUUUAUAUUAAUAAAGAAUAGGUUUAUUAUUAAGAAAAGUGCUUUAAUCGAAAAAUGAAAAGAAAUCUUUUUUGAUUCAUCCCCAAUAUCAGCUCAUUUUAUUAUUUUUUUAUAAUUAUUAAAAUAAAAACUUUUCUACCAGAAAUCUUGCUCAGAUUAAAAAAUAACAAGAGAACACUUUUUGUUGCAUUUCGGAUCUGUUUAGUACAACAUUAAAAAAUUAAUUUUUUAAUUUCCAUUUUAUUUUUACAUUGAUUAGGAAAAACCUCAAAAAUAAACAUUUAUAUAAGGCAGUCAACUACUUUAGUAAUUUUUAUUAUUUUUAAUUUUUACUGAUUAUGUUUUCUAUAAGUUAUGAUCUAAAAUUUACACAACAAUUCUUGUAUUAGCCUUUUCCAAAUAUAGUAAAAUGUUCAAAACAUUUAGUAAUUUUUCAGCCAUUUAUAAGCAUUUUAUAUUUAAGAAUUUAUUUAUUAGUUUUGCACACAAAUGCUUGAAAAUUAAAAUAACAGGUCUUUAUAACUUGAACUCAAUGUCCAAAAACAAAAAAAAAAAUGAACUUAAUGUCCCUAGUAAAUACUAGGAUAUUAAUCCCAUAAAUAUUAAAGCAUUUUAAAAUAUACAUAACUGAACUUAGCUUAGAAUAGUUUUUCAUUAGCAAUGAUUUAUCAUUAUUUACAGAUAUAAAUUAAACAAAUUUAUAUAUCUUAUCUUUACCAACUUCUCUGCAACUGUGGAACACCUAUCAGCAGUAUCAAAUUUUUUAGUUUUUAUUUAUUUAAAUAGGCAAGGUUAUGUAAUAAUAAUAAUAAUUAUUGUAAAUAGGCAUAUAUUAUGAGUUAAAAACACAAAAUAUAAAUUUAUCAAACACUUUUUUAAAAUGUGUACCAUAAUUUCUCUAUAAGUAAUAUACUCCAAAAUAAUAAUGAUGAUAAUAUUAUGAACAUUUUUUGUUAGCUAUUAAAAUUGUUGUUUAUAAUAUAUUAAGGUUUAAAUGAAGGCAAAAAAAAUAAAUAAAAUAUUCAAAUAAAUUAAUAAAUAUUGCAGUUCUUACACUUAAAAUCUUUAUAUAUUUUCAAUAUAAAGAACAUUUAUCUUAUUUUUAUACCUACUAUAAAUUAUUAAAUUUGUGACUUAAUUAUUAAUAAUUAUGAUUUUCUUUUUAUUUAGGUUAUGGGAAAAUUGGAAAAAGUUCAAAGCUGAAAAUACAUUAAUGCAAAAAUUAUCAGAACUUAAAGCCCUAUAUGAUGACAGCGAUCAUGUUUUAGCUCGUGCUUCACGUUCUGUAACAGACACUUUGUCAUCAGUGUUUCAUAAUGCAGAAAUGUCAGAAGUUGUAACGGAGUUGUGUCGUGUUGAACCAGAUUUUAGUUUAGUUAACUUUAUACGACAGUGUGAAACUGAUAUAAUACCAAAUGUACUAGAAGCCAUGGCACAGGAAAACUUAGAAGUUCUCAAAGACUGGUGUUUUGAAGCUCCAUUUAGAGUAUUAUCCCAUCCUAUUAAUGAGCACCACCAAAAAGGCCAUCAAACGUAUUGUAAAGUGUUAGAUGUACAUAAUGUAGAUGUAGUCACUGGAAAAUUAAUGGAACAUGGUCCUGUACUAAUAAUAUCUUUUAGUGCCCAACAAAUCAUGUAUAUUAAAGAUAUAAAUGGAUUAAUUAUUGAAGGUGAUCCUCAUACUGUAAUCAGAGUGAUGUAUACUUGGGCAAUGUGUCGAGAUAUAAAUGAAAUACAUCCCAGAGCUGCUUGGAAAUUAUUAGAUAUUGCAGCUAAUUCCACUGCACAGUUGUUGUAAAUAGUUUUUUUUUUUAUAUAUAUAUAUAGAGUAUUGUAUUUGUGACAAAAUUAUUGGUUUAUAAACUAUUCUUAAUGUUUAAGUUAACUUAUGUUUAAUAUGUAAUCAAUUUUUGUCCAAAUCUAAAGUCUAUAUUAUACUAAGGUUCAUCCUUAAUGUGUUAUCUAGUUGAACACAAUUUAGUUUUUAAUACUUCAAUAUUGGAAAAAAAGAAAAAUAUUAUUUUUGAGUAUCUAUCUACUAAUUUUAAAAAUGUUCACUCAAUUUAUAUCGCCAUCAUGUUAUUAUUACAGAAAAACAUCAGUCCUUUAUCAUAGUUGUUCAUUAUAGUUUAUAGU